AAUGAACUUGGAGAAAACCAAGGAUCAGAAUAUCUACUCGACUCCUCACUGCACAUUCUAUGAAUAUACUGUACACUGCCAGAAUCACACCCCCAAUGUUUUUUUUUCUUUCCUCAAAGUAGGUCAUUAAACAGGACCCCAAAUACUUAUUAUAGGUGCAAUGAACUGUGAAUCUAAUGCAUGCUUGUGUACGUGAUCUACUACGACCGAUAAAUAAACGAUACGAAUUAAGAGCAUUUUUUAAUCUUAAGGCCUAUAGUUGCUAAAAUUUCACUUUAGACUUGGAGAUUCCUUGCAAUUUAGAUUGACAGCUUUUCCAGCCUUGCCAGUUUAUGUGUUACAUAUUAGUACUAUUAUUAGAUAACAAACACCCUUGGCCUGUCAAGAAACAAACCCGAUGAUAACAACCAGUAAACACAGUAGAUAUAUUAUUGUCUGUGGCAAGUGAACGUGAGGAAGAGGGAGAUAGAUUAAAUUAGCUAUACUAUUGUAAUACAUCAGUGUGUCAAACUCAAGCUGGAUUCUUUUCUUGCUAGAUUUUGCAUAGCAGUUUACCAGGUAUGACUAUAUGGGGACCAAUAACUCCACGCACCAACCUAGAAUGAGUUUUUCUGAAACUGAUUCUAGACCAUCCACCAGUCAUCAAGAGGAGCCUCAAGAUGUACAAGCAAUUCUAGCUUAUCUUAUCCGUAGUGGCCAGGUUAGAAUUCUGACGAACGACGAGGAUGAUGUAGACAGUAAGGAGGAGGACUCGGAUGGGUGUGAGUUUUACGGUCCAGCCAGGCCUCCACAAGAGGAUCCACACCCUAAUACUGAAGAAUUAGAUAGGAGUGAUAUUAAAGAGGAGAUAAUGCGGUCGUCUGGACGGGCAACCAAGAGAGACAUGAAGCCCACUGUAUUACACAUGUUGCAAAAUAGGGAGAUGGGUAGGAACAAGAAGCAGCAGUUUACCCUGGAGGAUCAGAGGGUCAUCAACUGCCAGUACCUGCCAAAUCAGAUGAGUGUAAUGGCUAACUACAGACAUAAAACCUUCUGUGGAACCUACUCCAAAUCUGGCAACAUAUUCCUUUCUGCAUCACAAGAUCAAAAUAUCCGGAUAUAUAAUACUGAGGAUGAUAACUUUGAUCUGAUAAAAAGAAUAAGAGCACGAGACGUGGGAUGGAGUGUUCUUGAUACGGCAUUCAGUCCUGAUGGGAAUUACCUGAUAUACUCCAGCUGGUCUGAUGCAAUUCAUCUAUGCAACAUCCAUGGUGAUUACGAGACUCACAUCCCCCUACCUCUGAAUCCCAGGACUCACAGUUUUGCCAUUUUCUCCUUGACUUUUUCAUCGGAUAACACUGAAAUUCUUGGAGGAGCCAAUGAUGGGUGUCUGUAUGUGUAUGACAGAGAAAGUAACAGUAGAACAUUGAAGAUCGCUGCUCAUGAUGACGAUGUGAAUGCUGUGGCCUUUGCUGACGAUUCGUCACACAUACUGUUCAGUGGGGGAGAUGAUGGAUUGUGUCGGGUGUGGGAUCGUCGAACCCUAAAGGAGUCCAGUCCAGAACCAGUUGGGACGUUUGCUGGUCACCUAGACGGAAUUACUUACAUCGACUCAAAGGGAGAUGCUAGGUUCCUCAUAUCUAACUCCAAAGAUCAGACGAUCAAAUUGUGGGAUGUCAGGAAAUUCUCACCCUCAGUGGGAGUAGAGGCAACAAAGAAGGCUGUGGCCAAACAGAACUGGGACUACAGAUGGGAGCAGGUGCCCAGCUCAGUGUCCAAGAAGAGGAGGAUUGAAGGAGAUUCCUCAGUGAUGACGUACAGAGGACACUCAGUUCUGCACACCUUGAUCAGGUGUCACUUCUCACCUGAGUACACCACCGGUCAGCGGUAUAUCUAUACAGGCUGUGCCACCGGGGCUCUCGUCAUCUUUGAUCUGCUGACAGGGAAAGUGGUCUCCAGACUAAAGGGCCACAACCAGUGUACAAGGGAUGUGUCAUGGCACCCUUAUAAGAAUAUCAUUAUGACCUCUUCAUGGGACGGCACGGUCAAGAAGUGGGACUACCAGCAUCAGGAGGAGGAGGAGGAGUACCCCGAGGAGAGCACGGAAUCGGAUGAUUCGGACGACGCCACCAAGAGGCGAAAGUGUCAAAAAGGGACAAAAUGCACACAGGCAUUGAAAAGACAGACGAGGUGCACAAAUCGGCAAGGACUUUUCAAUUGAAUACAUGGAAUUUCUAAGAAAUAUGUUUGGAACAUUGCUCAAGCAGGAGAAUUAGAAAUGUGAACUUUAUCCUGUUUGUUAUUUACAUUUACUGACUGAUUCGGAGAAACUUGUCUGCAUAAAACGGCAUUUUAUGUGUGGAUGUCGGCAUGUUGGAUUUUAAUGUUGAUCACAUCAUGUUGAAGUCAUGUAAUACACAAGACCUAGAUCAUGCUGUGAUUCAUGCAAGGAGCUUUAGAUAUUUGUAUAUGGACACGUUUCUUCUUUCAUUUAUCCUUCCUUUCAUCAGGGAUAUACAAUGAAGUUUUAAGAUGCACAGUAUUUUCUAUACCGGUACAUUAUGUACUGUGUACAUUGUGUUAUAAUUGUAAAAUGACAGGUUUUCCAAAUCUUCAUGCUUGCAUAUACACAUAACUGAAUGAUUUAGUUUCUCUGUCUUAUCUACAUCAAUUAUGGGUCUUUCAUCAUCAAGUACCGGUAACAGUAUUGAUUGGUUAAAACAUCAGUAUUUCUUUAAAAACGGCACUAACUCCUUAAACAUACAUCUAUAAUGUCAAUACAUGUAAUUGAAAAUCAAAAAUGUGUUGUGAAAAAAUUUGGAUCAAAUGAUUUGAACUACAUUUCGGCUACAUUGUUUAAUUAUACAGUCAUUAUUUAUGUUUAGACAGAUUCCUGAGGGAUAAAAUGUACCAUUUAGCUUGUGAGAGAAUGUUUCCUGCAAAACAUCUAUUCACUGGUACACUUCAUUUUCCUUUAAAAAAAUUAUCAAUGUUAUGUGGUUGUAUAUGUAUCUAUAAGAAACGCACUGACCCAUAUUAUGUGGAAUCUAUUGUGAAGCUGUUUGUAUCCCACUCAUGUUAUGUAUUGCAGGAGAUUUGCUUGAUCUUAGAGUGAUGAAAUCUCAAGGGUUGAGAUAUUGCAGUAAAUUCCACCGACAUCAUCAUGAUUCUUUCUUUUCCUUCCUUCAAGUUUUGCUUGGCUUUAUUAAUGUUGGCUUCAUUUUUUAACAUUUAGUGAUAAUUUUGUUAACAUUUUCUUUGGAAAACUUAAAUUACCUCUUUGUAUGGAAAUCCAGUCAAAAGAAAAUGUGUUGUAAUUUGCAGGUUUUUUUUAUUUUGAAUCUUGCUGUGUGUGUUAAAAACUUUGGGUCUUAAAUCUAUUAUAUAGAAUUUCUUUUCUGAAUUUGGAUCUCACAGUAUGAAUCAGAAGUAGAAAAAAGCAUGCUCUUUACCAUGAUGGUCAAUUAGUGAUUAAAGAACACUAGUUAAUUUGAUUUGUUUGGAAGGCAAAGAAAUUUGAAAAUAGAAUUGGAACUUGAGAGAGAUUCGUACUGAUCAGAGAAACCAUUGUAGGCCAGUAUGAGUUGUAAAAGCUGGAGUAUCUUUUUUGUCUUUUGAUGUCCUUGUACCUUUUGUUGUAUGAUGAAGAUUUUUGUAAAGAUACGUUUGACGCCAUGUUCUGUAAUUUGCCAUGUCUAGCUGUGUUACAAUGGCAUUGUUAUUAAGUUUGGCCAUUUUUUGUUUUUAUUCUUAGAAUAGGAAAUUUUUUUUUGUGUAUUAUUAUUAUUUAACUUAUGUUCAUUUUGAUAUAAUAUUUAUUGCUAUUUAACAGUUAACAAUGGCUAAUGAUACAGCAAAUGUUGUCAACAUUAUUGACGCCUACUUUGCUUGGAAGUUAUGAGCUAUAACGAUUGGGUACCCCAUCUAUGUGUGUAGUGUCAAGUCCAUCAGGUGUCAAUCAAAGCAGAGAAAAUGUGUGUAGGGUACAAAGUUCUAUAUUCAUGCAGGUGUGCAAAUAUACAUAUAGGUACAUGUACAUGGGUAUAUUUAUAGUGAUUUCAAAUUACUUCUGUGUUUUAAGUUUUUCAAAUGUUUUUUUUUCUUUUUUUUUUCGAAAAUAAGAAAUGAAAAAAAAAAUCUGUGUCCUCAACGAAGACACCCAAUUAAGCUAGUUUGAUAGAGUUGAAAUAUUUAUCAGUAUACUCCCCACCAAUUAUUACAGGAAAAGUAUGAUAACAAAUCUAAACAUUCAUGUUUGAACAUGUUUGCAGUUAAGGAAGCUACAGACUUUAUAACCUGAUGUCACUUGAAUUUGAUUUAAUUUUUUUCAUCUUCAUGUUCGAAAUAAGUAAUAAAUGGUAAAAUGAUACAACAAUUUAAUGUGAUGAGGAAGUUGAUCAAGUACUACAUAUACAUACAAUGUAGGUAGGUCUUUUAACAAAAUAAACUGUUAAAGCCUGUUUGAGUUUAUGUGCAUGUACCAGUGUACAUGUAGUUCAUAAUCGUCUGUUACAGUGGGCUCAGACAUCUGUUGCUGUGGGCUUGGAUAUAUAGGGGCUAAAUGGAAUCAGGAGUCGGGGCAAAUCAGAUGAAUAAGUCCAUGUGAAGUGUAUCUCAUGAUCAGUGAUAUCUUCUGAUAUCUCAGAUAUCUAGAAGCUUAUUGCAUGGCGAUCCGCUUCAUUUGUUUAUAUAAGUCCCUUCUAAGGAUUACCCAUACCACUAAUUGUACAUAGAUAUAUAUUCAACAUUGAUAUUAUGGAUUUUUCGAUGAUUUUUGUUGUUGUUAUUAUUGAUGAAAGAAUGUUAUUUAAACAAUAAAACCAAUGAUUCAU